ACUUCUAGAGGAAAAAAAUUCAUCAAUCACGCUAUUAGGCUUGCUUAUGUUAAAUCAAAAGUUUGAACAGAGAUUAAAGUUAAAUUGAUUCUACAAGAUACAUAAUGGUAAAAGAAACAGGAUAUUACGACAUUUUAGGUGUAAAGCCAAACUGUUCCAGCGAAGACUUGAAGAAAGCCUACAGAAAACUUGCUUUGAAAUAUCAUCCAGAUAAGAAUCCCAAUGAAGGUGAAAAGUUCAAGCAGAUUUCAAUGGCUUAUGAAGUUUUGUCCGACGUAGAAAAAAGACAAAUUUAUGAUGAUGGUGGUGAAUCUGCUAUUAAAAAAGGGUCAUCAAAUAACAUGGGUGGAUUUCAUAGCCCAAUGGACUUAUUUGAUAUGUUCUUUGGAGGAGGAUUUGGCGGUGGAAGACAACGUGAACGAAAAGGUAAAGAUCUCGUUCAUCAGAUGCAAGUGUCAUUAGAAGAAAUUUAUAAUGGUGCUGUUCGAAAAUUGGCUCUUCAAAAGAAUGUCAUUUGUGACAAAUGUGAAGGAAGGGGAGGUAAAAAAGGAAGUGUUGAAACAUGUCACACUUGUCAAGGAAAAGGUGUUGAAAUUAAAAUUCAACAAAUCAUGCCUGGUUUUGUUCAGAAACAUGAACAAAUUUGUCGUUCAUGUCAAGGGCAUGGUGAAGUUAUUAAUCCAAAAGAUCGUUGCAAAACAUGUAAUGGAAAGAAAACUAUUCGCGAUAGAAAAAUCUUAGAAGUUCACGUAGAAAAAGGAAUGUUAGAUGGACAAAGAAUCGUGUUUAGCGGUGAAGGUGAUCAAGAUCCAGAUCUUCAGGCUGGUGAUAUUAUCAUUGUGUUAGAUGUCAAAAAACAUCCAGUUUUCCAAUUUGGAUCAAAUGGAACAGAUCUAGCAAUGGUAAUGGACUUGCAAUUAGUCGAAGCUUUAUGCGGAUUUCAGAAAGUUAUAAAAACUCUCGAUCAACGUGAUUUAGUUAUUACGAGUUUGCCUGGAGAGGUCAUUAAAGACAAAGAGAUUAAAUGCAUCAUCGGUGAAGGAUUGCCUGAAUAUAAGAAUCCGUUUGAGAAGGGUCGUUUAAUUAUUCAAUUUAAUGUUGUCUUUCCUAACGCAAUUCCAAACGAAUUAGUUUCAACUUUAGAGCAAUGCCUACCAUCCCGUCCAAGAGUUGAUAUUCCAAUUACAGCAGAGGAAUGUAUGCUAAGUGAAUACGAUCCGAAUGCUGAUUCACAGAGAAGACACCGAGAAGCUUACGAAGAAGAUGAUGAUCAUUUCCAUGGUCGUGGACCACGCGUACAGCAAUGCACUACAUCAUAAAUCAAUGUAGAGUUAUUUAAACCUUUUCUCUUAUCAAACGAAAAUAACCAAUACCUAUAAAAAAAAAACUAAACAUAUAAUGCAACAAAAACUUAAUUUAUUAUUAUUGUUAUUUGCUUUUUAAACGACAUUCAAUAAUGUUUUUAAUAGUUUCGCCUGUAUUAAGCGAGUAUAACAUUAAGACAACAUACAGCAAAUAUUUAUACACUAUAACAAUCGAUGAUUUUCAGUUUUUGUCACUGUAUAUUUAGUAAUUUAAUAUUAAUAUUAAAAAUUUCAAUUGCUUACAUAUUUUAAAUUGUACGUCUUUCUCAUUCAAUUUUUUCUCCUAAAUGAUCAAUAUUUUGUUAAACAGCCCUU